AUUUAAAAUAUCAGGUUAGUUUUCUUUCAUUUUCUCUCGCGUCCGACUAAGAAAGUAAAAGAAAAGAAAAGAAAAGAAAGGAAAAGGAAAAUAAUCUCAUGGAAGAGGCUCGUAAAGUGAAGGACAAGCAAGGAGCUACUGGGAUUGGGGCGGAGGAAGCGCGGUACCGGGGAGUCCGGAAGCGGCCGUGGGGUAAGUUCGCGGCGGAGAUACGAGACCCGUCGAGGAACAGCGCGCGGAUAUGGCUGGGGACGUUUGACACUGCGGAGGCGGCGGCUCGCGCCUAUGACCGCGCCGCCAUUAAGCUGAGGGGCCAAUUUGCGGUUCUGAACUUUCCACGCGAGGAGUACUCCGGUCAGAACGACAUGGGCUCUUCAUCAGCUGGUGAAAAUUUUGGGAUGGAGAGUUCGUCGACGUCGUCUGGAGGAAAGCAGAGGGGAGAUGUCAUUGAGUUUGAGUGUUUAGACGACAGUGUGCUGGAGGAGCUUCUGGAGGCAUCGGAGGAGGAGGAGAAGAAACGAAACAAAGAAUAAUUAGGGUAUUCGGGCUUGCUUAGCUUAGUGGUGGGAAAGAUUUUCUUGUUCUUGAAUUUCAUUUUUUUUUUUAAAUUAUUACAAAAAUACCACAUUAUUUUCAAAAAUUUUCAAUUAAAAAGUUAAACAUUUAAACUCUCUUAUAUUGAAA